AUGCAGACCACAUCGAGUCACGAGAAGCUCGAAGAUCUAUCUCCAAACGGGCCCCCAAAGCCCGUCGAAGCCCAGCCCGAGACAGCUGGCGGGCCAAACGAGACAACCUUAAAGAAGCCCGACAAGAUCCUCCCCUGCCCUCGAUGCAACAGCAUGGACACGAAAUUCUGCUACUUCAACAACUACAACGUGAAUCAGCCUCGCCACUUUUGCAAGAACUGCCAGCGCUACUGGACAGCUGGCGGCUCCAUGAGAAACGUCCCCGUUGGCGCGGGCCGCCGCAAGAACAAGACCUCCGCCGCGGCCCAAUUACACCAACGCCCGGGCCCAAAUGGCGCCGUCCUCACAUUUGGGGGCCCAGACCAAACCCUAGUCGAUGGGCCUGGUCUGGUUGGGCCUCCGCAGGCCCAAUGGGUCUACCACCACAACCCGUGGGGCCCGGUUCCGUUCUACCCAACAACCACCACUCCGUAUUGGGGGUGGAGUGUACCGUGCGUUGUUGGGCCCGGGAACUUGGGCCCGGGCCCGAUGCUCGGGAAGCACUCAAGGGAGGUGGCGGUGGGGCCCGCGAAGGAGACUGAUCCGGAGAGGUGCCGACUGUGGGCCCCGAAGACGUUGAGGAUUGACGACCCGGAAGAGGCGGCCAAGAGCUCGAUUUGGGCCACGUUGGGUAUUGUGAAGAGCGAUUCAGGUGGGGUGGAGUCGGGGAAAGGCGGCGGUGGUGGGAUUUUCAAGGCGUUCGGGACGGAGACGAAAGGGGAAGAAGGGAGGGGUCGAGUUCCAGAAACUUCGUGCACCGUGCGGCAAGCGAAUCCGGCAGCCAUGUCGAGGGCAAUGAGCUUCCAUGAAAGCUCAUGA